AACUUCCGGUUUGGGUUUGCGACUGUAGUAGCUCAUUCAACAUUUUAUCACUGCUGACCCGCGCGAACUGGCGUGAGAAGAGUUGAAGAAACAUCUGAGGCAAAAUGAGUGUCGACGUGAAGAAACUGAAAGUAAACGAGCUAAAGGAGGAGCUGCAGCGCCGCGGCCUGGACACCAAAGGCCUGAAGGCGGAGCUGGUGGAGAGGCUGAAAGCUGCAUUGGAGGAUGAGGAUGAUGCACCGGCCGAUCCUUCGACUGAUGCCUCUGGUGAUGCCCCGAUUGAUGCCUCGGCCGAUGCCCCGGUUGAUGCCUUAGAGUCAGCGACAGAGCAGGAGACUGAGUGCGACCAGGACGACGAGGAAAACCAAGAUGGAGAGAAUGCUCAAGAGCAACAAGAAGAGGCUGAGGAUUUGGGUGGUGGUGAUGAUGAUGAUGAUGAUAAUGGAGAUGGUGAAGGUGACGUCCCAGACGAUGAUGAUGAUGAGGGCAGAGAUUCAGGUGGCUACUAUGAGGAGGAGGAGGCAGAGGGCGAGCCUUACGGAAGUCACCAAACCUCAGACUCUGGUCACAGCAUGCCUGACUUCACGGCAGAUGUCGACAUCGAUCAGUCUGACAUGAUGUCAGAGGAGCCGUCUGAGCCUGUGCUGAAAGUGGAGGAAAAUGCUGAGACCAAACCAGACACUGUUGCAGACACAAAAGUAGAGAUAAAAACAGAAGAUGAGCCCGAGGCUGUUGCAGACAGAGAGCAGGAAAUCAGGGAGACGGACCAGAAAUCCGAGGGAGAUGGCACAGUUCAGCCUGAGCAAAUCAAAGUGGAAGAUAAGGGAGGAAACUUCAGCCGCAAGAGACCAUACGAGGAGAGCAGGGGCUACGGCUAUUAUGAAAACCGUGAGGAGAAGAGGUCUCGUACACCACAGCCCCCUGCUGAAGACGAGGAAGAGAACAUAGACGACACUCUUGUUACAAUUGAUACAUACAACUGCGAUCUGCACUUCAAAGUGUCUCGAGAUCGCUACAGUGGAUACCCAUUAACCAUUGAAGGCUUUGCUUACCUGUGGGCUGGAGCCAGAGCUUCACACGGUGUUGAUAAAGGUCGCGUGUGUUACGAGAUGAAGAUCAACGAGGAAAUACCUGUCAAGCACCUGCCCAGCAGCGAGCCAGAUCCCCAUGUGGUCAGAAUUGGAUGGUCCCUCAACUACUGCAGCACUCAGCUUGGUGAGGAGCCCUUCUCCUAUGGAUAUGGAGGAACAGGGAAGAAAUCGGACGACUGCAAGUUUGCAAACUUUGGCGAAAAGUUUGGUGAAAAUGAUGUUAUUGGCUGUUAUAUCGACUUUGACAGUGGUGACGAGGUGGAGAUGGGCUUUUCUAAGAAUGGAGUGUGGUUGGGUGUGGCUUUCCGGACAACCAAGGAGGAGUUGGCUGGCCGUGCUCUGUUCCCCCACGUGCUGGUGAAGAAUUGUGCUGUGGAGUUCAACUUUGGACAGCGGAGGGAGCCUUACUUCCCUGCACCUGAGGGAUAUACCUACAUCCACGAUCUGGAGAUGGAGCACAAGAUCAGAGGCACCAAAGGACCUGCCAACAAAUCUGAAUGCGAGAUUUUGAUGAUGGUUGGGCUUCCUGCCUGUGGAAAGACUACUUGGGCCAUUAAGCACGCAGAGGCAAAUCCUGAGAAGAAGUACAACAUUCUGGGCACAAACGCCAUCAUGGACAAGAUGAAGGUGAUGGGUCUGCGUCGCCAGAAGAACUAUGCCGGCCGCUGGGAUGUUCUGAUUCAGCAGGCCACCCAGUGUCUGAACAGACUGAUCGAGAUCGCUGCCCGCAAGAGGCGCAACUACAUCCUGGACCAGACAAAUGUAUAUGGAUCAGCAAGGAGACGAAAAAUGCGUCCUUUUGAAGGUUUUCAACGCAAGGCUAUUGUAAUUUGUCCCACGGACGAGGAUUUAAAAGAACGAACAUUAAAGCAAACCAAUGAGCAGGGGAAGGAUGUGCCCGAUCAUGCUGUUUUAGAAAUGAAAGCCAACUUUACUCUGCCCGAGCCUUGCGACUUCCUGGAGGCGGUGACGUAUGCUGAGGUGCAGCAAGACGAGGCUGAGAAGCUUCUAAAGCAGUACAAUGAGGAGGGCCGCAAGGCUGCCCCGCCCCCUGAAAAGCGCUUCGACAACAGGCAGGCUGGCUUCCGUGGCGGCCGCGGCAGUGGUGGCAGCUUCCAGCGGUAUGAUAACCGCGAGGGCUCCCGCGGCAGCUACCAAAAUCGCAGUGGUGAUGGAGGCAGUGGAUACAGAGGAGGCUACAAUCGUGGCAGCUACAACCAGAGUCGCUGGGGCAGCAGCUACCGUGACGGAGGAUCUGAUGCACGCAGCAGCUAUAAUCGCAGCCAGCAGUCGGGAGGAAACUACAGUCGCGUGCAACCUUACAAGGGAGGAUACAAUCAGCAGCAGGGCUACAACCAGAGCUACAAUCAAGGGUACAACCAAGGCAACUACAACCAGAAUUACUACAGCAACUACAGUCAGUACCAAGGCUACCAAGGUCAGAGCUACAGUCAGGCACCCGCCACUGGACAGGCAUACAGCCACCACCAGCAACAGCCUGCGCAGCAGCAACCACAGCAGCAGCAGCAGCAGCAGCAGCAACCACCACAACAGCAACUGCAGCAGCAGCAGCAGCAACAGCAGCAGCAGCAACAACAGAGCUACAAUCAACAGUAUCAGCAGUAUGCUCAGCAGUGGCAGCAGUACUACCAGAAUCAGAACCAGUGGAACCAAUACUACAGCCAGUACGGCAGCUACCCUGGACAGGGCAGCCAUGGCUCGUCCUCUGGUUCCCAGUAGCUUUGCACCCUCCCCACAUCUGUACCUGUGUCGUCCACCUGUGUCCUAAACACCCGCGUCCAUUGCAUUCAAACUGAUUUUUGUACAGUUCAACAUUAAGUCACCAACCACAACUGUCUCUCUGUCUGGUUUUAACACCGUAUCCUCACCAGUGUCAACACAAACUGUAUAAUGUCUCUUCUAUAUUUUUUACUGAAAAAAAGUCUUACUCUGAGCAGUGAUCGUGAGGUGGUAGAUGAUAGUUAUCCAAAACAGUUAAUGGAUGUUCUCUAUAUGCAGCAAAUGUGGAUGUGUGUUGAACUGCAAACCACAUUUCGAACAGGUUGAAGAGGUAACUGGAUUUCUUGGAUGAUGAGUGUGAAAACGGUGAAAGGGCAGGAAAAAUACAGCAAAGCCUAAGUAAUUUCAAAUGUUUCCAGAAACUUAAAAAAAGAACAAAAUGCAUGCUUUUUAUCUUAAUGGCCCCCUUUUUCCUCAUCUUGCUUUUUUUAUUUCCCUCUUACAGAAUGAGAACAUUUUAUUUUAAUUAUGAAAGGUUUUUUUUAAAAAAUAGGUGUUGAAAAUGUAGUAUUUAAGCAUUAAUACAGUCUCUGAUUGAGAGGAGUUUGCCACUCUGGUUAAAUAGUUGUAUGUGCUGUGUUUGCUUUUUUUGUUUUUCUUUUUAAAGAUCACAUUGUGAUUGCUGUUUAUUGAGUCGUGUAGUUAAACCCCAGUCAAACCCUUUUUUCUUUUUUACCUGAAAAUGAAAAACCUGCUCACGGCCAGUUACCCGAACUGUCUUUUUGUCUUUAUACAAUAAAUGCAAUUGUAUACGCCUGUAAA